AUGCCUCGACACCCAUUCAAUCUCCCUGUGGAGCUUGUUCUAAUGAUACUCGACUAUUUAUCCCUGACCGACCUUUUCAGUAUUGCUCGAGUGUCAAUGCAGGCACGAAGCUUCACCCUCCCGACACUACAAUCUCUGUCCCUGGAAGAAAAGCUCCGCCAGCUCGAAAGGGCAGCAGAAGCUGACAACCAUGGGCACAUCCUGGAGCUUCUCUCCAUGCUCAAACGCGAGAUAUUCCAAGACAAGACGAAGUUUUUCGUUCUACAAACCCUGUUCAGAAGCAGCUAUGUUCAGUCCAUGCGGACAUGGCUCACCCACCUCGCCCCCUCAUGCCCUCUAACCGACACCCAAUGGCGAAAGCAGGAAGACUGGAAAGCGACCCUCUCGAGCGCAAUGCAAAGCAGCAAACCUCAAGCCCUCCAGCUCGUGUUCGAGUACGGCGCCCCGCUAUCUGCCGUUAUAGACGCCCACCCCUUCGACGACCCGGUCAGAGACAUGUCUCCCUCGCUGUCCAAAACGGAGAAUUACUACCUACACCACGCUGUCAUCCGCGGAUACCAAGCCGUCGUUGACCUCCUCCUUUCUCGCGACGGGGACGCCCAUGUCAACUGGCGUGAUCCUGCUGGGAGAACGCCGCUGAUAUUCGCUGCGAAGUCUGGCUGGGCUGGAAUCGUGACAAGUCUGCUCUCUCACAACGCGGACGUCGACCACGUCACCGACAAAGAUAGGGAGUCUGCUUUGCAGUGUGCGGUGGAAUCCGGCUACACUGACAUUGUGGCAAGCCUGCUGGCCCACAACGCCAAGGUCGACCUGACCAUCGACCAAGAUGGGGUGUCUACCUUGCACUACGCCUUGAGAAAUGGUUAUGGAAGUAUCGCUCUCAUGCUGAUAGACCAUGGGGCAGACAUUGGGUUCAUUAACAGGUUUGGGAAUACUGCGCUGCAUUACGCUGUGCGUAAGGAUUGGGGUGGAGAAUUUCAGCAAGAACAGCCCGUCCUGAAGAAGCUUCUAGAGGCAGGAGCCAAUCCGGAAGUCGUUGACAUGAAUGGCGACACGCCUAUCGAACUCGCUGUACGCUGGGACAAUACAAAGGCCGUGGAGGUGCUUUUACAGCAGAGCUACGUGGACAUCAACAAACGCUUGAGAAAUGGAUCAACCCUGUUUUCCCUUGCGCUUAACGCAGGUCCAGGAAUGAUUGCUUUGUUUGUGAGGCACGGUGCUGAUGUGAAUCGGGUACAACGCGGCACCUCCAGACGACGGACACCCUUGCAGUAUGUAAUUUACGGGGGCCGCCUGGAUUCCGCGGCGGCUCUGCUGGAGGCUGGGGCUGAUCCUUGCAAACGCGAUAUGGAUGGACUGGAUGCUUGGGACCAUGCUGAGAGAUCUGAUAAUAGCUUGGAUCUGCUGAGCGUGCUUGGGCAGAGACCUUGA